AAAAUAUUAGUAAGCAUUGUAGUCUGACACGUUAAAUUAAAGGGUGACCCGCGCUGGACCGGUCGGGCCGCAUCACACCGGACCGGACCUAACUGGACUGGAGUUGUGACGCGAGCAGUUGUCAGACUAUUUCCUGGCAGGCAGGACAUAAAAAAAAAACGCACAAAAUAACGUCUCGCGCCAACUUGAAAACGAAAGAUGAUGGAUAGUUCUCCAUUUCCGAUGCCUGAAGACCAUUUACAUUAUAGUGAUAUUUCAUAUGGCAUUUUUUCCACGUUUCCCAACAUGCCUAUUAAGACAGAGCCAUAUCUUGAGACUGCUAAUGGUCCCUACCUAGUAAUAGUUGAAGAACCAAAACAGAGAGGAUUUCGCUUUCGCUAUGAAUGUGAGGGUCCCUCUCAUGGUGGGCUACCUGGGGCAUCCAGUGAAAAGAACAAGAAAACUUACCCAACAGUCAAGAUAUGUAACCACACUGGACUUGCCAUGGUGGAGGUUCAGCUGGUGACAAACUUUGAGCCACCACGUGUCCAUGCGCACAGCUUGGUUGGCAAGCAGUGUAAUGAAAAUGGGGUUUGCCGAAUGAAAGUGGGACCUAAUGACCUAACUGCACAAUUUAAUAAUUUGGGAAUUCUUCAUGUUACCAAGAAAGGGGUACACGAGGUCUUGAGAAGGAGGCUGAGGGAAGAGCGGCUACGGUGCAGAAGCAAAGAUAUGCCCCUCUCUGAGCGUGAGGAGCAGCAAAUUGUGGAGGAGGCACGGGAGUUGGGUAGAAUCAUGGAUCUAAAUGUAGUGAGGUUGAAGUUUACUGCAUAUUUGCAGGACAGUGAGGGAAACUUUACUAGAGCCCUAAAGCCUGUCAUCUCUAACCCAAUCUAUGACAGCAAAUCUCCAAAUGCUUCAAAUCUGAAAAUAUCACGCAUGGAUAAGACAGCUGGUUCUGCGUGUGGUGGGGAUGAGGUCUUCCUGCUGUGUGACAAAGUGCAGAAAGAUGACAUUGAAGUUCGGUUUUAUGAAGAUGACGAAGGAGGGUGGGAAGCUUAUGGGGACUUUGCACCCACUGAUGUGCACAAGCAGUAUGCAAUUGUGUUUAAGACCCCGCCAUAUCGUAAGACUGAGAUUGAGCGGCCUGUCACAGUAUUCCUGCAGCUUAAGCGGAAAAAGGGCGGUGACUGUAGCGAGCCGAAGCAGUUCACUUACCAUCCACAAAUCCAAGACAAAGAAGAAGUGCAGCGCAAAAAACAGAAAUCUCUGCCUCAUUAUCAGGAUCACUAUGGACGUGGACCAACCAUGGGAGGAUCAGGGGGUUCUGGAAGUGGUCCUGGGAAUUUUGGGUCUGGAGGAGGAGGUGGAGGAGGUGGAGGUGGGUCUUAUUUCCAAUACACUCAAGGCAUGCAAAGCUACUUCAACUCAAUGGGAAGUUACCCUGGAGGGGCACAGAUGUGUGGAUCAGCAGUCCAGCAAGAUGCUUCUGGAAACCAGUUAGAAAAUGGAAUGGCUCAUGGUGGACUAUCUCAGAAUCAACUUAUGCACCUAGCCUCACAGUUCAGUGCCAGGGCCAUGCAUGUGGCCAGACAGACCGGCCGUGCUCUGCUAGACUACGCCACGACUGGAGAUGCCCGAAUGCUUCUAGCAGUGCAGAGGCAGCUAUGUGCAGUACAAGAUGAAAAUGGAGAUAGCCCACUGCAUUUAGCGAUCAUUCAUCAGCAAGUCAGUGUAAUAGAGCAAUUGGUCCAGGUCAUUGUGAGCAUUCCUGGCCAACGCAUUUUGAACUUCACUAAUAACCUUCUCCAGACUCCCCUGCAUCUUGCUGUGAUCACAAGGCAGCACAAGGUGGUUGAAUUCCUCUUGAAGGCAGGGGCUGAUCCCACUCUUCUAGAUCGCUUUGGUAACUCAGUGCUCCACCUGGCAGCACCUAUGGGUGACGAGCAAAUGCUUUCCAUACUACUGACUCAUCUAAAGCAUCAGAACUUAAACCUUUUGAACACCCCAGACUACAAUGGACUUUACCCCAUUCAUCUGGCAGUCCGAAAAGGUGGUGAGAAAUGUCUGCGGCUACUGUUGGAAUAUGGAGCUAAUGUGGAUGCCAUGGAACGUAAGAGUGGCUGCACUGCACUGCACCUUGCUGUGCAAAAGAACUUGCUCAGUGCGGCUUGUUCACUUGCUACAGAGUUCAAAGCUGAUGUAAACAUUUGUAAUUUUGGAGGAAAUACACCCCUUCAUCUGGCAGCCAGUCUAGGCUCACCAACUUUCUGUUCAAUGCUUAUUGCUGCAGGAGCUGAAAAGCACUUAGAAAACGAUGAGCCAAUCUCAUUAUCUUCAUCCUCGGAUGAGGAUGAGGAGGAAGCACACAUGUCAAGGGAAAAUAUGCUUGAGACAAAGCAGAAAGAAUUAGAGGAUAGAAUAGAUGAAAUGCAGAUCUCUGAGAGACAAAACAACAAAGCUAGUUCAAACCCUCGCAAAAGACCUUUCAGAGGGCACACCCCUUAUGAUCUUGCCAAAACCAAGAAGGUCCGUGACAUUCUGGCAGGAACGAAAACUCAGCCUAUGCCACGGUUGAAACAAACGGAGCAUUCAGAGACAGGCAAACAUACUGCACUUGAUAGUCAGACAUUGUCUGAACUCUGUAGGAUCCUCACCAAAGACAACGUUUCCUUGAAGCAGCUGGCAGAGAAGUUAGGUAUGCUUACAUUAGCAGACCUCUAUAAAGAAUGCCCGACUCCCUGUAAGAGCCUGCUGGAAGGCUUCCAGUUUGCAGGUGGUCAGGUUGAAGUGCUGGUGGUGGCCCUAGAAUCUUUAGGCCUCAACGAAGGAGCCAGGUUACUGAGACAAGCAGAACAGAAAAAUACGCAGUCCAGCACAGAUAUGACAGUAGACAGUGGCUAUGGCAGUCAAUCAAUAGGAGAACCAGACAAGCCAAAGAUAAAUGAAUCCAAUUGGGACACUCCAGAUCAGAAUGAAACUCUGGUAUUCAAUUCUUGAUCCUAAUGUGUAAAGGACAAACACCCGCUACAUCCAUUCAAGUCAAGAUGGAGCCAUCAUCAGCAGUCCAGUGCUAUCAUCACAGCUCCUGCUUUUCUGGUUAGAUUGUUGGCAUCCAAGAGAAUUUAUCCUCCAGGUAGACCGCAACCUGUUGCUAAAAGGAGAAAAUGAAGAUACUCUGCAGUGACAUCUGGAGAUGCUCUUUCACAUCUUCAGACAGGUGUGUCAAGACUCCUGUGAUGUGAGACCCCGGUGUAUCGUCCAGAGUGCCUUUUCACUUCCUUGUGUGCUUCAGCAGUGUGAACAGCUCCCAUUGCAAAAGUGAACAUUACAUGAUAUCAAAUCUUUAUAGAUGUGGAGGUUGUAGGCUGUAGAUGUGCUAGGCUCACUAUCGAGGUCUCGCCAUGAUUUAAUGACGGAGUUCUUCGUCGCCAUCCAACUUGGACAACAUUCCUGUAAAACCUUUUAAAACAAGGGGAUUGUUUGGCGCUUCAGAAUGGCUUAACUUUACAGAGAGGAUUGUGGGUAGAUUAUUGGGGGUGCAGGUGCAGCGUCAGCUUGAUUUGGAAAAGCUCUUUGGACAUUUUCUGGGUGGUUAUUACUAUACAUUUCGGGGAUACUGUUACUGGACAGACUGUAACAGACAUGGCUCAUUCAGCAGGAUUGCACUUAUUCUUUUCUUCUCCUCCAGUUGUGUUUGUCACCUGUCAUUAGUCCCCUGUGUACUCUUCUGAAAGCUGAGACCCCCUAUAGAUAAUUUUAACCUUGGAUUGUAAAUAGUAUAUUUUACUACAGUUUGAUUGUGUGCAGUUAAAAUAAGAACAUAAUUCUAAAAAUUUAGAUUAUCAUUUAGUUUUAAUAAAGAUCUUGUAAUUAUUUCUUAA